AUGGUUCGGCUGGCGGCGGAACUCCUGCUGCUCCUGGGACUACUCCUCCUUACCUUGCACAUAACGGUGUCACGGGGCAGCCCUCUGCCGCAGGCGAAUGCAACGCUGAGGCUGGACCAGGGCGCUUUGCUGACAGAGAACAACAUCAAUGCAAAGAGCGGCUCCACCUCCGCCCACCUGGCCCCUGAGAACCGGAGGCCCGGCACGGAGCACCGCUCCGCCCGCCGGCCCUCCACCCUCCCCUGGUCCCGGGGGUCCGGGGGCGGCCUGCAGCACGACGGCCCCGGGGCCUUCCUCCUGGACCUGCACAACUUCCCCGACCUCUCCAAGGCCGACAUCAACGGACAGAACCCCAACAUACAGGUGACCAUCGAGGUGGUGGACGGCCUGGAGAGCCAGGAGCCCGAGAAGGGCCUCCGCAAGGAGAGCAAGCCCGGCUGGCCCUCCCCCAACUGGAGGAACUGGUGGCCGCACACCUCCUCCUCCUCCACCUCCCCGGAGGAGACCCCGCGAGGAGGAGGAGGAGCAGAGGAGCAGGACCCGGGCUUCGGGGCCAACGCAGAGGACAGUAACUUCCUCCGUCCGCUGGGAGACUGGGACAGGAGAGCUGGAGGAGGAAGAGGAGGAGGCGGCAAGGCUCAGGCCGAAUAUGACUACCUGGACGGCGAUGGCGACUGGAGCAGCUGGGCAGCGUGCAGCGUGAGCUGUGGCCACGGCAACCAGAAGAGGACGCGCUCCUGCGGCUACGCCUGCACCGCCACCGAGUCCCGCACCUGCGACAUGCCCAACUGCCCCGGCAUCGAAGACGCCUUCAAGACGGCCACCACUGAGGUGAGCCUGCUGGCUGGAACGGACGAGUUCAACGCCACGGAGCUCUUCGGCGUUGACACGGACAGCUGCGAGCGCUGGAUGAACUGCCGCAGCGACUUCCUGAAGAAGUACAUGGCCAAGGUGGCGGAGGACCUGCCCAGCUGCCCCUGCUCCUACCCCACCGAGGUGGCCUACAGCACCGCCGACGUGCACGACGGCGUCACGCGCCGCCGCUUCCGCUGGAAGGACGCCAGCGGGCCCAAGGAGAAGCUGGAGAUCUACAAGCCCACGGCGCGCUACUGCAUCCGCUCGCUGCUCACGCUCGAGUCCACCACGCUGGCCGCCCAGCACUGUUGCUACGACGACGCCAUGAAGCUGGUGACCCGCGGCAAGGGGGCGGGCGCGCCCAACCUCAUCAGCACCGAGUUCUCAGCCGACCUGCACCACAAGGUGGACGUGCUGCCGUGGAUCAUCUGCAAGGGCGACUGGAGCCGCUACAACCAGGCCCGGCCCCCCAACAACGGGCAGAAGUGCCCGGAGAACCCCCAGGACGAGGACUACUACAGACAGUUUGAGGAGGCCACGGAGUUCUAGCCGACGCCCGU